AUGCGGUUGCAUCAGAUCAUUAUCAAAAUAAUGGCAACUAAUUCAGAUUCUUCUUCGAAUUUGGCGUCAGAAAUGGCAACUGCGAUGACCUUAACUGACACAGAUCUUUCUGAUUUGAUAAAAAUACAAGGCGAACUUGUUCGAAAGUUGAAAGGAGAAAAAGCUUCGAAAGAUCAGAUUCAAGAAGCUGUGAACAAAUUGCUUGAGUUGAAAAAAGCACAUGAAGCUCAGCAAAAAGCAAAUGGUGAAGAUGAAGAAUCAUCUGCUGGUGGUCUCCUCAAAACGCCUCGAGGUACACGAGAUUAUCAUCCCGGUCAGAUGAAGAUUCGUGAAGAAGUCUUUAAGACGAUUACCGAUUGUUUUAAACAACACGGAGCUGAAACGAUCGACACUCCAGUAAUGGAAAUAACGACAUUACUUACAGAGAAAUACGGUGAAGAUGCUAAACUUAUUUAUGAAUUAAAAGAUCAAGGAGGUGCCGAGCCUUUAGCAUUACGUUAUGACUUAACAGUUCCAUUUGCACGUUAUGUUGCACAGAAUAAAAUUGCAACGAUGAAACGAUACCACAUUGGCAAAGUGUACCGACGUGAUAAUCCAAAAAUGACACGAGGCCGAUACAGAGAAUUUUAUCAAUGCGAUUUCGACAUUGCCGGUGAUUUCGAUGCCAUGGUGCCAGAUGCCGAAUGUAUUAAAAUUGUUGUAGAAAUUCUCGAUAAACUUAAUCUCGGACAAUAUAAAAUCUUUGUAAACCACCGUAAACUACUUGAUGCCAUCUUUGCUGUUUGCGGCGUUCCGGAUGAUAAAUUUCGACCGAUUAGUUCAGCAGUCGACAAACUUGACAAAACACCUUGGCAAGAUGUUCGAAACGAAAUGAUACACCAAAAAGGUCUAGCGCCGGACGUGGCUGAUAAGAUUUGGAGUUACGUUCAGAUGCAUGGAAGUACAGAAUUGAUCGCCAAACUUCAAACAGAUGCUCAGCUAACAGCUCAAAAAUCAGCUAUUGAAGCGCUGAAAGAUAUGGAAACACUAUUCCGUUAUUUAACAUUGUACGAUGUCAUGGAUAAAAUUGUAUUCGAUUUGAAAUUAGCACGUGGCUUGGAUUACUACACGGGUGUUAUUUUCGAAGCUGUUCUAACUCAGUAUCAAUACAAUUCAGCAUUAGGCGAAGAUCAAGUCGCUGUUGGUAGUGUUGCUGGUGGAGGACGAUAUGAUGAAUUAGUUAAAAAGAUCGAUCCAAGACAACGAGCAGUGCCAUGCAUUGGCGCCAGUAUUGGUAUAGAACGAGUCUUUGCUAUUAAGGAAAUUCAGUUGGCGGAAUCGAAAGUUCAAGUGAAAACAGUUGAAACAGAGGUUUAUGUUGCAUCCGCUCAAAAGAAUUUAAUUGAAGAACGAAUGAAAUUGUGUAAUUAUUUAUGGGCCAACGGCUUUAAGGCAGAAAUGGCAUUUAAACGUAAUCCAAAAAUGCUUGAUCAGCUACAAUACUGCGAAAAGAACCAAAUUGAAUUGUGUGUAAUCAUCGGUGGUUCAGAAUUAGAAGCUGGUAUUGUGAAAAUUCGUGAUGUUAUCACAAGAGAAGAAUUUGAAAUUCCCCGUGACAGACUUGCCGAAGAAUUGCGCACUGUUCUUAUUAGAGUUCGACAACGGCCGAAAGAAGCAGUAGCGAAACAAUCACCGGCCAAUUAA